GUCACUGCGUCAUCGCCAGUGGAUGUGUGCGUCGGGAAGGGCCGACAGUGUAGCUGUAGGGUCGGUAAGGAUGGCAGUAGACUAGCGGUGCUGUUGUGGAAGUGGAGCAGGGACUUUGUUAACGGGUUAACGUUUGUGUCUUUUCUGCUUCACACUCACACUUGUAUGACGAGUCUCGGAGGGACAGUUUUAACCGCAGUUAGGUAGCUAAUGUAGGCAAAGUCAGGGAGGAGGGCCGUAGCUGCUGCUGUUGGUGGUGUUUUUUGGAAGGGGAAAACAACAUGGCUGCGGUGGAGCUCGAAUGGAUCCCAGAGACACUGUACAAUACGGCUAUCUCGGCAGUGGUGGACAACUACAGCCGAUCAAGAAGAGACAUCCGCUCACUGCCAGAGAACAUACAGUUCGAUGUUUAUUACAAGCUUUACCAGCAGGGCCGGCUCUGUCAGCUUGGAGGAGAGUUCUGUGAACUGGAGGUGUUUGCUAAAGUCCUUCGUGCCUCGGACAAAAGACAUCUGCUGCACCACUGUUUCCAGGCGCUGAUGGACCACGGAGUGAAAGUGGCUUCAGUUCUGGCAAACUCCUUCAGCCGACGCUGUUCCUACAUUGCAGAGUCUGAUGCCCAUGUCAAAGAGAAAGCCAUCCAGUUUGGCUUUGUGCUAGGUGGAUUUCUGUCUGACGCCGGCUGGUAUGGGGACGCAGAGAAAGUGUUUCUCUCGUGCCUGCAGCUCUGCACCCUCCAUAGUGAGGUCAUCCACUGUUACCGUGCUGUAGAGUGCUGUGUCAGGCUGCUCCAUGUUCGAAAUGGGAACUGCAAGUACCACCUGGGAGAGGAAACCUUCAAACUCGCUCAGUCGUACAUGGACAAACUAGCCAAACAUGGCCACCAUGCCAAUAAGGCAGCACUGUAUGGCGAGCUUUGUGCCUUGCUCUUCGCCAAAAGCCACUAUGACGAGGCCUACAGGUGGUGCAUAGAGGCUAUGAAGGAGAUAACUCCAGGGCUGCCUGUUAAAGUAGUGGUUGAUGUCCUUCGACAAGCCUCCAAGGCCUGCGUGGUAAAGAGAGAGUUUAGAAAAGCAGAACAGCUGAUCAAACAUGCAGUGUUCCUAGCCAGAGAACAUUUUGGACACAAGCAUCCCAAGUACUCUGACACGCUGCUAGACUAUGGAUUUUACUUAUUAAAUGUUGACAAUAUAUGCCAAUCAGUGGCUAUUUACCAGACAGCGUUGGACAUUCGGCAGUCAGUGUUCGGGGGGAAGAAUAUCCACGUCGCCACGGCCCAUGAAGACCUGGCCUACUCGUCAUACGUGCACCAGUACAGCUCUGGGAAAUUUGACAAUGCUCUAUUCCACGCAGAACGUGCCAUAGACAUCAUCACUCACAUUCUGCCCGAGGACCAUUUACUACUGGCCUCCUCCAAGAGAGUCAAGGCCCUGAUCCUGGAAGAAAUUGCCAUUGACUGCCAUAACAAAGAAACAGAAGAGCGCCUCCUGCAGGAAGCUCAUGAUCUGCACCUCUCUUCGCUUCAGCUGGCCAAGAAAGCUUUUGGAGAGUUUAACGUCCAGACAGCCAAACACUACGGCAACUUAGGAAGACUCUAUCAGUCCAUGAGGAAGUUCAAGGAAGCAGAAGAGAUGCACAUCAAAGCCAUCCAGAUCAAGGAACAGCUUCUGGGUCACGAGGACUAUGAGGUUGCUCUGUCUGUGGGUCACCUGGCGUCGCUCUACAAUUAUGACAUGAACCAGUAUGAAGACGCUGAGAGGCUCUACCUGCGCUCCAUCGCUAUUGGUAAGAAGCUCUUUGGAGAGGGGUACAGUGGGCUGGAGUACGACUACAGAGGCCUCAUCAAACUCUACAACUCAGUAGGAAAUUACGACAAGGUGUUUGAGUAUCACAACGUGCUCUCCAACUGGAAUCGGCUGAGGGACCGUCAGUUUGCUGUGGCAGAUGCUCUAGAGGACGUCAACACCACGCCCCAGCAAACACAGGAAGUGGUUCAAGCUUUUUUAUUGGCUCAAAGCAUGGGACCCACUCGCCCCUGUCUGGGCUGAUGUUGCGGGUCAUGAGAGGAAGGAAGUUAAAAAAAGAAACAGACAUUGUGUUCAGGCCUGGUGAGGACACAAGCAAAACCCCAAAUGUGUUGCUUCAGUGGCACACAGUUAUCUAGUGACUCACAGUCAGUUAGAGCCUCACUGGCAUGUGAGUCUGCUCACACAGGCGACUGCAGCUGCCAGUGUGUACACAACAUGCACAUUUAGUCAUUGAUUAUUAGUAGAAAAGAAAGAAUCUUAAACCUCAUCACCAACCACAUGAACCAGUGAAACGCAGCUUCACUCCACAGAGCAGACGACAGCAUUUUUUCCAAGAGAAGAAGAAUAACAGCUGAGUAGGAGGAGGAAGAGUAAUAAAAUAGAACCAAGACCUCAGACAUCCUGUGAGGAUGACAAACGACUUCUCCUCUCCUGUCCUCUCGUCACUGAGUCUCGCUUGCCUUUUUCUUUAUGAGUUUGGAACCUGAUGAUGUGUUUUGUUUUUUGUAUCUGAGCCAGUGUUGCUCUUACCAUUUAAAAAAAAAAAAAGAUUAUCACAGGUUCCAACUGCUUUUUCCGGGAGAGUGAACAUCACACUGCGUCAUCCCCCUGCAAAUCACACAUGUUGAAUAUUUUUGAAAAUUGAACAGAUCUGAUUGUAUAUUUACAUUUCAACCGAAGGCUUUUCAUUGUUAGUUUCUUUAUGAGAAGAUGAAAGUGGACUGCAGAAGGAUGCCCUCUAUUUCAAUUAAACUAGAUGAAGAAGAGAUUAUAUGGUGGAAUGUGUUAAAGCAGUGUUGUUACACACAUGUUACGGGCUUCACAGGUUUUUGUUUUUCAUUUUAUUUAAUAUUUUCCACUUUAGUUCUGGAAAAAAAUUACAGAUUUAGCACUAAUGCCAAUAACUUGUAUGCAGACAUGUAUGUUUACGUAGCCUUUUGUCUUUGCUUUUUUCCUGAGAAGUGAGUUGCAAUCUGUGAAGCAACAGUCAGGCGCCCAGACUUUCACAAUAAGGGACAAGACGGGGAGUGAAAAGAGAAAGACCUUUAUCUGGUGAAUCAAAGGAGUGUCUGAAUGUGUGUGUGUUUGUGUGUGGAUCUCUGCGUGCCCAGGUUGUUCUCUGAUGACUCCCAGCCUUAACACCAGCUUGCGUAUAUCUGUCUGUUGGCAGACCCAUACUUUAAGUGCUAAAUUAACGAAUACCUUUAGGGCACUGCAAUGGGGACCAAAUGUGUUCGAGUGUGUGUGUGUGUGUGCCUGCGUGUGUGCUGUUGUACUCAAGACUUUUCCUCUUUUCUGUAAGUGGGCCUAUCAAUUCAAACCAUCACUGAUCACUUCAAACACCAAUUUGUGAUGAUGCUGUUCAGGAUCUCAUCUGCUGUUUUGUCUGAAGGACAGUUUGAUUUUGUGUUUGUUAAUCGGUCAAAACAAAUGUAAAGGAUCGGUGCACUCGUCAAGUCAUCACGUCAGUGUUCACACCUGUUGGGUCUGCCUUGAUGCUUCUUUAACCAUGUGUCCACCAGUGUCAUUCUGUUUAAGCAUCGGCAGUAUGAUGUGGGGGAGAGGGGGGGGGGGUACACAAGAAUGUAAAGAUCAUUUAAACAUUUGUUGCAUCUGCAUUGCUUUAAGACCCCAUGGAUUUCAACCAGGUGUCAGUCAGUAACUGACUGAAUGUACAUCUUCUAUCCCGGUUCUUGACUCUCCUUUUUUUCACUUAUCAAACACAAAUUUAGUGGUAAAACUACAGACUUAAAGUCAAAGUGAUUGGGAUUGCAAUUGGCAAAAAGAAAGGUGGCAAUAUUGCAAAAGAAAAGUUAGAUGAAGGGGCAAAUUCAGGCAAGAUUUAAGCAGUAAAUAGUGUCCAGAAAUUGCUACAACUGAACAAACAGCAGGACAGCAUCGAGAUAUUUUUGUGUUUUUCAUUUUCUCGUCAGGUUUAUGAUACUUUUAAGUUACUUCAGGAAAGCCUUAGCUUAUGUUGGUAUUUCUGGCUAAAAGCCUGUAAGAACAGUGCUGGCCAACUUCAAAUCUUUUUUUUUUUUUGACCCAGAAAUGCAAAAUUUUAAUUUAAAAAAGGGAAUCUAGGGCAGAUAAAUUAUAUUAGUGGGAUAAAGGUGAUGUGAAUAAACUAUCAUUUAAAAAA